CCGGCGCGCCAACAACUGCGACCGAGAAACUCCUGCUUUGCCGAUCGAACAGCGAGCUUGCUGCCUUCGGCCAGCCUGUCUCUUCGGGAAACUUUCUGGGAUAGCGUGCAUCUCAGCAGUCUGGAAUACGUACGUCUUAGCGCACGCCGUGUGUUGUGAACCGCAGAAAUGGUCACGAGUUCUCGAUUCAAGCAAGGUGUUUGUUGUCGUCGCAGUAUCGGUUUAAUCGCACUCACUUGGAUUUGGAACUUACCCGGAAUCGUUGGCCAAGCGGACUACGAGGACAAAAGGGGCCCAAAUACGCCACUUCGCCUGAACGUCUUGGAAGGUGAGCCGACGUCACUUCCGUGCCCCAUCAACAUGGCAACCCGCGAGCCAAUCUCAGCCGUCUGGUUCCACGUCUGGACCCACACCUACAAAGAAUAUGGCAGCUCACCGUACUACACCAACGGCCACCUGCAGGCGAAGAGGGUUUACGCGAUCGAAGCGCCUGAACCGUCUGCCACGGCGUUAGGAGGAACUGGCGGCCUGGUGGACGGAAUGCACUGGAAGCGACCAUCUUGGUCGGGCAGGGCGUUCUUCUCGCUUCUCAGCGACCCGCCUGCUUUGCGGCUUAACCGCUUGGAGCGCUCCGACAGCGGAAACUACGACUGCAACGUCACCUACCGCGACAACGUCACUUCUGCCACUGUAGUGGUGACGGAGUCCCGCGUGGAGCUUUUCGUGGCCGCGCAGGCAUGCCCGCCUCUCAUCAAAGACGCCAGGGGCGCAACGAUCAAGGACGUGGCUGGACCGUACGCCGAGGGAGAGGCCGUGCGACUGACCUGCGAAAUAGAAACGUGUGACCACGACGUCACGCUCACGUGGUACCAGAACGGCACGCAGCUGAGGACGGCCCACGGAACAGUGGCGACAUCCGACGGUGGCUGGAAAAACCUAGUCACCGUGGGCCCCCUGAGUCGCCACGAUGUGCACACGAACAUCACCUGCCUCGCCACCAGCAACGUCUCGCUACCCGGAUCGACCACGGUGCUUCUCGAUCUAUACAUGGCACCAACGGCAGUUACCAUCUGGAGCUGGUCCACGCAGCAGACUGACGCUCCUUCAGGGUGGAUCGGCCUGCCCGGCACAGCAACGCAGCGCGAGCCACCGAAUAAGACCGCCGCAGCGGAUGGGGUCGUCGGCUUCAGCAAUCCGUGGUCCGCGGACGGCAAGGUGGCAAGAAGUGAAGCUGUGGCACCUUCCGAACGCUUCCCCACGAAGCCCAGGAGCUUCGAGUGCGAAGCCACUGGUAGCCGCCCGGCGGCAAACGUCACGUGGUUUAUGGACGGCACGGCAGUGGACCCGGCUUUCAGCCGAAGCGUGACCGAGGGCAACGUGACCACGAGCAUGCUUCUCCUGCCGGCGUCGGCCCAGUCCGGCAGGCUGCUCGAGUGCCGCGCCAUCAACGGCAACCUGCCCGAGAGCCGAGGCGUGCUCAGCCGCUUCCUCAAAGUGGACAUGUCACACAAGACGGAGGUGAGUAUUAGGCUUGGUGCGGGCCUCAACGCCAGCCGCAUCGUCGAAGGCGUGGACGUGUACAUGGAGUGCUCGGUGCUGGCUGCCUCCAAGGUCACAGAGAUCACCUGGCGUCGCGACGGGAUCGAAAUCAAGGGGUUCGCCGGCGGCGAAGGCUCGUCCGACGCUCUGGUCACCUCGCGCUACCUGGUCGUCCGAGGAGUGACCGUCGACCAGACCGGACGGUACACCUGCACGGCCAACACUGCUGACGGCGAGAGCGUGGAGAGCGCCCCGCUGGAGGUCCGCGUCAGACACUUGCCCCGGUGCGGCGUACGAAGCGAAACGCUCCUAGCGGCGGCCAAACGAGCCACUGAACGUGACCUGCGACGUGAGCGCGGAUCCCGGCGAAGGGCUGCGCUUCUUCUGGAUCGUCCAGGACGACACCGGCAAGAGGCGUCACGUGACGCGGAGAAAGGGUGCCACCGGAGCCGAGGAGGUGGACUUCGAAGACCCGCCACCGGAAGUGCAGGACUCGAACCGGCUUGAAGUGCAAGUCGACGCACACCUGUUUCACGCGACGCUCCUCUGCUGGGCGAGAAAUAGCGUGGGCACGCAGCGAGAGCCUUGCAGACACCGGUUCCAAUUGAGGCGCGAGCGAGCAUCCAGCCUUGAAUGCGUGGUGGGCAACUACACGGACACGUCGUUCUCAGUCACGUGUACGUCGCGUCGACGUGGCCAUGCAAGGAGCGGCGUCGACGACUACGGAGCGGCGAAGGCCCGGUUGCGCAUCGAGCUGUUCGAUGCGACGGCGGGUAACCGCUCGGUGCGGGGCUUCUGGGUCGCGACCCAGCUUGGCAGCGCAACCGGCGCCGGCGGUGACCCGCAGUUCCUGACGGGCCUCAAACCGGCUACGGACUACCUGGUGGUGGCGCGACUAGAACCGGAAGCGAACGUGUUCGCCACUUACCUCAGGACCCUGGCGCCAGCCCAGACUGUCAGAGAACGGGAAGAACGCGCCUCGAUGGCGGAUAGCACAACCAGGGUGCCUCACAUGAUGACUACGAUCGCCGUCAUCGUUUGCAUCGUUGCGACCGCCACGUUAGGCUUAGCAGCCACCUGCACAGCGCUGUGGUUCAAGCACCACAGGAGAUCGCGACUGCUGAGAGCCGCCGCGGCUCAGGAGCACGCCGAACACAAGGCGUACCUGGCCGCAGACGCUUCGUGCAGCUGAUACUGCGGACACAAGCGGAAUGCGUUUGCCCUGAUCACUCUCAUAGUUUCCUCACAUUCACUCUGUUCGCACCUUAAUGUCCUUACCAACAGUGUCGCUCACGAUGAAACAUCGCAAGGACGAUACCUGCCUUCUGUUUCAAAUGUGUGCUUCAUCACCCUUCUCGACAUUGUGCGUCCUUAGAUGCGUUAAAACGAAGCUUUACCUCAGGUGCCUCAAUCUAAAUACAGUAAAACCUCGAUAUAACGAAGUUGAAGAGUGAGCCUCAGUUACUUCGCUAUAUCCAUUAUUGCACGUACUGUGCUAGGAAGCUAUAUAAUGAUUUUAACGCUAAUUUCACGUGCUUCGAUCAUGAGGUCCAUUAUUUCGUUAUAUCCGGUUUCGUUAUAACAAGGCUUCACUGUACAUGGGGACGGAGAAAUUGUUUUUCUUGGCAAACACAACGUAUAUUUUGAUGAGGUUUGUUGCAUUUAUAUAUAAGAGCCAUGCAUAUUGACUGCUUGGAGUGAAAUUGUUAUUUGGGUUGUCAUUGUUUAUACGAAAAACCUUGAAUACUGCAAAUUAAAUAAAAAACAUCAAAGAUCUGCUCUAUUAGAUUUAGCGCUUUAUAUCAUCAAUAAAAAAUAUAUCAGAACGCGGACCACUGAACUCAUUCAUACAAGUAAAAUGAAAAAAAUCACUGUAUUGUACAACGCUGUACUAUAUACCUCUAAUUUGCCGGUAGAGAUUUUUCAAAAGUGUCGUAAGCAUGGCAGCAACAUCACGUAAACUGCAAACCUAUGUAACAAAUUUGCUCGCUUUUGAUGUUCCAUCAAAUAAAGUGUGGAGCAGUGCGAUAUGCGUAUUUGGUACAGAGUUAUGGAUUUGUAAAAAAGUCUCCUUGAGCUUUCUUUCCUACAAUUCUUCAGCACUU